AUGUCUCUUCAACACCCUCUCAGACGCUGGACUUUACGGCCUCUUAUUUUCAAAACUGAUUCCGUCACACCCUCAUCCACAACCCGUUUGCCAACCCACCGCCCAUUCUCCUUCGCGCCCUACGCGCAAAGACAGCUUCUCCAAAGACAGACACCACUGAAAUCAGUCCAGCAAUCACAAUUACAAAAUACGUUCCGUGCCCGACGCGCCUUCCACAGUGCGCGACCCGGGUUUAACAAAUCCUCUGGAUACACAUACCAAUCCCCCAGCUCGGCGCCUUCCCUCUCACAGCGCCUUAAAACCUUGUCCCGGGAAUAUGGUUGGUCCGCGCUCUGGAUAUAUCUCUUCCUCUCGGCGUUGGAUUUCCCGUUUUGCUUUGCGGCUGUGAAACUCCUGGGCGCUGAUAAGAUCGGUCACUACGAGCAUGUUGUUGUUGAAAACAUCAAGGGAGGUGUUAACAAGGUUUGGCCUGGGGCGUUUGAGGAAUCCAAUGAGGAAGAGGAAGAAGGGCAGGGGUCAGAAACUCAAGCUGUUGAAAAGAAGAGGGGCCCGGCUGAGGAAGCCAGCCUCUGGACCCAGUUGGCUCUUGCUUAUGCCAUCCACAAAAGCUUCAUUUUCGUGCGCGUGCCUCUAACAGCAGCUAUCACGCCCAAGGUUGUCAAGCAGCUGAGGAAAUGGGGCUGGGACGUGGUAAAGGGCAAACCGAAAGCCAAAUAA